UAAACAGCCUCCAGAUACGAUGAACACUCACGGUGCGAACUACUACGUUCCGAUUCAGGACGAAACGUGUGAGAAACAGCACAAUGAUUUUGAUAAACCCCGCUACACGCCUCGUAUUUUGGGAAAGAGAUUUGCCUUGACAUCGACCGCAUAUAAAUUUUUGGAUGUUGGAAUCAACGCUGGACCUAUGUCCUCUGUGGAUAUACUUAUUGGCGAUAACCGAGGCAAUCGGAUAAUUCUGCCUCAUGCAACGUGGGUGACAUUCAUCGAAAAACGUGCAGAUAUACAGCGACUCGUGCAGUCAUCGGCACCAUCAUCGCUAACGUUUCGAGAUUUGGAACUUGUUAAAAUACGUGACGCAGAUAUUGUAAAAUUGACAUCGUGCGGCACCAGCUUGUACAUGAAACCGUCAACCGUACUCUUCCUGUGCGAACUAGAACAUUGCGUUGAAAAUGUGUAUUUUCAACUAUGUCAAAAUGUUCACGGCGUAAGUGAAAAAUUCAAACAAUUUGUAACAAUUUUACGCCAAAAUUGGAUCAUCGAUAAAUGUAACGCAGUUACAGUCUUGCGUGAAGUUUAUGAUAAAAAUUUGAUUAUUGAUUGCGAAUUAUUAGCCUACGCUUUAGAUACUAUUGUGUAUAUUGCGCUACAUGAGAAAUAA